AUGCCUUCCGUCGAGAGCAAGAAGAGCAAGGGAAAGGGCAAGGCCGUACCUGCCGAGGCCAAGGCUACCGCUUCGCUGCCCCUCGGCAAGCAGCUCGCGCACACUGACAAGGCCGUGCGUGACCAGGCAGUGCGUAACCUCGAGGCCUUCCUGUCGCGCGGUUCCGGCGAGGCCGGCGGCGCGUACGAGCCCUUGAGCGACUCGGAGAUGGCCAAGCUGUGGAAGGGCCUGUUCUACUGCUUCUGGAUGUCGGACAAGCCCCUCGUGCAGCAGGCGCUCGCUACCGACCUCGCCAACCUCCUCCUCCGCAUCGACCCCGGUACCGGGCGCGCGGCGCGCAUCGAGGCCAGCUUGGGCUUCCUGGAUGGAUUCUGGACCGCGCUCGUCCGCGAGUGGGGCGGCAUUGACAGGCUGAGAAUCGACAAGUACUACAUGCUCAUCCGUCGAUAUGUCAACGCGACGUUCCGCCUGCUUGCCCGCGAGGAGUGGGACAGCGACGCCGUGGAGCGCGUCAACACGAUCAUCGGUGGCGCCAGCGGUCCUAUGAGCUGGCAGGACAAGAGCGUUCCGUCGUCGCUCGCGAGCCACCUGGCGGACGUGUAUCUCGAGGAGCUGGACAAGGUGCUUGCCGAGGGCGACGUGGCCCCGGCCCCCGUCGUGGAUCUGGUCUACCCGCACAUCGUCCUGCUGGCACGCACCCGCACGCAGGCCGUGCACACGCGCCUCAUGACCGUCGUGUUCACCCCGCUCAUCACCGCCCUCAGCCCGCGUGUCGUCGAGGUCGUCGAGCGGCCAGCCAAGCGGCUCCGUGGGCCCGUCCCCGUCCCCGCCCCCGUCGUUGCCGACGACGAGGACGACGAGGACGCCCUGUUUGCUGCGAUUGCGCGCACCGCCGCCGUCGAGGGCAAGCAGGCCACCAAGGCCCAAGCCAAGACCGCCCUCCUCCAGGCCAUGUUCAAGGAGGCUGCGCAGGAGGGUGCGGUCGAGAGCAACCGUCGCAAGAUCUACACGGUUGUCCGUGAGCAGGGCGACGAUGACGAAGACGACGAGUAG